AUGCCGGAAACCAACGCCGGGGCGGCAUACUACCAACAACUUGCUCUCUUCCUCUACGAUGUCUGGGUACUUUACCUUAGCUGCUCGUUUGCAUGGCGCUGCUCAACCAAGUCAAUCCUGCUCCCGUUCUUUCGAGCUAACGUCGGCCAUCGUCAUAUCGAUGUCGGCGUUGGCACUGGCUACCUCCCCUCUCAAGCCGGCGGGGCCAUCUUAUCAUUAACCCUUGUCGAUCUUAACCCAAAUUGCCUAUCGGAGGCAGUAAGUCGAAUCCAGCAGGGGGACCACCGGCCACAGGAGGUUCAGUGUGUUUUGGCCAAUGCGCUGCACAGGCCACUUCUUCAUUCUACGCCAGAGCGCAGCCAUGAUUCCGUCUCGCUCAUGUACUUGCUGCAUACUCUCCCUGGCCCCCCAGAAAACAAACUGCAAGUUCUUCGCAAUGUUAAACCGUACCUCAAGGAUAAUGGGGUGGUAUUCGGCGCAACUGUUCUCGGAUCUGGUGUGCAACAUAACCUAUUCGGUCAGCUGUUGAUGUGGUUCUACAAUAAGACAGGGAUAUUUGAUAAUUGGGCAGAUGGGAAAGAGGAUUUUGUGCGGCAUCUCGCGGAGGAAUUUGACAACGUCCAGGCCCAUGUCAUUGGCUGUGUCUUGCUGUUCACGGCAAGGGGUCCCAGAAAUGCAGAGGGAAGCCGGUAG